CUCACCCUUUUGAGUUUCUUGCUUAAUGAAGUACUUAGAUAUGAUAGAGUAAUGAAUCUUGAACUGAAUGCAGAAUUUUUAUAGCUUAGAAGUGUAUUGACAGAGCUUGUUAACACUAAAUUCCAUGUAUUGGGGUGGUAGUUUAGCUUCUUGAAUGCACAAUGCUUAGGAUGACUUGAUGCCCACAUAGUGUUUGACAAUAUGCUUCACUGAAUAAAUUACUUAUGGACAUCUUUAUCGAAAACAACCUCUUUACCCCCUUCACUUUGGAUGUCUCACCCAUGUUGGAUUCUCCAAAAAUACACUACUUUUGGAGAAUUCGACACGGACCCAUUGACAUUUUUUAAGAGUUUGAGCACGAAAGGUAGAGGUAAGGUAUGUGUACCCAAGAACCAACUUAUGGGAUUGCAUUGGAUAUGAUGUUGUUGACAUCUGUGUGGGAGUUAUCUAAAGUUUGAAAAUGGUGUGAAAUGUUUUUCAUUUCAGUUGCUUAUCUGUAUGAUAAUGUUUUGAUUGAUUUGGAUUGUGCUUCAGUGAUUAAUCUCUUUGUUGCUUGCUGGUUCCUUAACUCUAUAAAUUUAGAAUGCUAUAAUUUUUGUUUGGAUGAGAAUGAGCUGUGGGAAUUGAAGUUUGUUCGAAUUUGCAGAUAAUGGUACCAAAUAGGAGAUUAUACUUGCACGAUGGAAAAAUAAAAGAUCUUCCUCUUCUACUCUCAUAACUUUCUUUUGGUUUGUUUUGUAGCAAAGUGCAGCAUUCUGUUGCAAAACCUUUUUUUUUCGCCAAACACAAGAAAUACAGUCGUCCACGUACCAAAGUACCCUGUGCAUCUGUAUUGACUUGGGAUCUUGGAGAAACUCAUUGAGGGUCUGUGAAAAAUCACUUCUUUGGUGCGUAGAAUUGAACAUCUGCUGGGUCAUAGCAAAAGGAGGACACCAUGGAUGUUGAUUCACAGCAGACUAUGGAGGAAACCAUCCUGGUGGGUGAUGAUCUGAUGAUGGGCCCUCCAUCACCAGUCAUUCCACCUGAGAUAGCGUCUCAUGUACUUGAAGGUGUUGAUCUCUGUGACGGAAUCUUGAGGAAUCUGUUCCUCUGCUUACAAAUCAAUGAUAUCGAGCCAUUCUGUCAGGAUGAGAUUGCUUUAUAUCGGCAAUGUGCAGAGAGAAGGGAUAAGGAGCUCAGGCAACGCCUUCAAGAUAGUGAACAGAAAUUAGGGAUGUCAAUGCCUCUUGAUCAAGCAAAGGAAAGAGCCACUCAACUAGAAUCAGAAGUCACAUCACUGGAGAGGCACUUAAUUUUGGCUAGCGGAGUUGAAGGUAUGGAAGGUUUUCGGCAACGAUGGAGUCUACAUGGUCGCGUAACUGAUAUCAAGAGGAGGCUGGAGGCUCUGAAGGGGGGAAUGGAGAACAGAAAGAAGGAUGAGCCAGCUGAAAAUAUAUCUGCCAAGAAAAAAUGGUCCUUCUGGUGAAAACAAUAGUUACUCCUCUCUCACCAUCCAACAAAUUGUUGUUUUUGUACUCUUUUAUCGCCAUUGUUGUUUCGUUUUACACAGGUGAAUCCAGGAUUUGAAGAUUUAGGGUUCCUACAGCAACCUCAUGUUAGUAUACAAUAAUAUUUGGGUUCACAGUUAAAGAUAAAUAUAGAUAUUCAAUGAAUUUCUUGAUAUGCACAUGUUCUGUGCAAAAAUAUUUGGAUUCACGUGAAUUCAUGUUAUAUGUUAGAAGUUGUUCUUAGCAGA